AUGGCCCUCGCUACAAGUUCUAUCCGGCUUCUGCGCCUAAGCCCCGCACUCUGUUCCUCAAUGACCCUCAUGUUCGCUCUUGACGAGCACCUCAUCUUCGGAACCUGGGUCCAACCCCCUGUCCGCACACUGGCAAACUCUGCCCUGCCUGCUUGGUGGACCAGGGGUGGCCUGCGCUGGGGCUGGGUUCUGAUCAUAUUCUAUCCUGCCAACUACAUCCUAGGCACUCUUAAUCUGCUUGUCCCUGGCGACGAUCCUGCUGGCUCGACGAAGUGGUACUGGUUGGGUCUACUUUUCAGCAUUGCCCACAUGCUCUAUCUGCCAAUGGCUCUACGCCGCAUAGCAGCCAUUGAAAAGGGGGUUCCAAAAGGCAAUGUUGCCCACUCCAUGGAGGCUUGGCUCAAGAUGAACUGGGUUCGGGCGUUGAUUACGGACUUGCCGGCGUGGUUGUGCUUCAUCGUCGCCGCGCUGAAGGCACUCGAGGAUAACGAGGAGGAGGCCGAAACAGAAGCGAUUAAGGCCGAAUCCGAUCUUAAGACCAAGAGUCCGAAGGCUCGGCACCAAAAGCAUGCCCGCGAGCACGGUGUUGAUGCUGAUGAAGAAGGCCCUCAGCGUGGAGUCCGAGACGCCUGCCCACCAGAAGAGGACCCUAUUGUGCUCCGGCAGCUUCUCCGCAAGAUUUCGAGAGAAGCCUGGGGUGAACCUGGAGGUCAGAUGGGCUUGUAUUGA